CAGUCGCCGGGCCGAUGUCAUCGUGGUCGUAUCAUCCUGAAGAUGAGGAGCCGGGAGCUGGAAGCGUAAGGACACGCCCGGGCCCGGAGGAGGCGGUGAGUGAGGACGAAGAGAACGACGGAGAACAGGUCAAGGUCACCGUAGCACAGCCAGGAAAAGGCUCGUCUACGUCGACACCGGGGACCACGAGCACCACGCAGUUGCCACCACCGAGUCAAGACACCUCUAUGGGAGCACUGAGCGCGAGCAGCUACAUAGUGUCAGCGGUGCUCGUCCUGGUAGUCGGCGCACUGGUGGGUGUCCUGGCGACCGUGUCCCAUCAUCUUCAUCAUCGCCGGUUGCUGCUCCACGAGCCGGCCUCCGCCUCGAUCUUGCAUCACCAUCGUCACGAUCAUCAUCAUCACCAUCAUCGUCAUCGUCAUCAUCAUCAUCAUCAUCAUCAUCACAGCGAGGAACUGCCGGCGUCGCACCAACGACGUCUCCUGCUGCAGGAUCACCAUCGUCAUCCUGGCACACCGAUGCUGUCGGUGAGCCCAGGAAUGGAGGUAGGCAGCGGUGGUCACGGUGGCCUCGGCGGUGGACUGGAAGGUGAUCCGAGCGGUGGUGGCGCCGGCGUGGGCGGAGGUGGCGGCGGAGGUGGCGGCGGUGGCGAAGGAGCCACCGACGGGAUGCAAGAGGCGAUGGUCGCCGCCGCCAGGGAUAGGGCGAUAAGGGCCGGAAGUGUCCGGCAGGACCUCGCCCUCGACCUACCCCCGCGGCUCCAGCUUCCGGACGGUCUUCAUCUGCGCGACCCCGAACAGGAGAGCGAGAUAUACCAGAAGUGUGUGCGACCGCCGCCAAACCGGACGGUGUUCGACAGCGAGAGUCCGCCGCCUUAUCGAAGCCAAUCGGCGCUGUUAGACGCGCCCGACCGGAUAGUCCGUUGCCACAGUGCAGGCAGCUCGUUGCUUAGGGUGUUCCGAAAGUUCCCGAGUCCUGGCAGCUCGACGCCGGCUGUGGUUGUCCCGCCACCUAGAAGGCCGACACUGUCCAGUUAUUCCGAGUCCAGUAGCAAUCUGAGCAACCUGUCCAGCCUGACGGUGGUGCCGUGCGAGACAGACGAGAGUCAGCAGCAACAGCACCACCAGCAACAACAACAGCAGCAGCACCAUCAGCACGUCUGAUCCGAGGAGCGGCCGAGAAGGAGAACACUCGAGGCCAGGAUCACACCGGGGACAAGAGGGUUGUUCCUCGAGGUCGACGGACGCCGUGGUUGGAUCUCGUGGAAACGGCGACGAGACGGCGGCGAAACGGCGGACCAAGCGGAACGACGAUACAAUGAACAACAAGCCAACGAAGACGAAGCGAACGCUGAUAAAAAAGGUGAUAAAGACUAUGAAGAUGGGAUAAAGAAUAAGGACACUGGAGAAUCGUCGUCGUCGUCGUCGUUCUGCCCUCGAGAAUCCUCGAGGCGUCGAGGAUCCCUCAAGACUGACUCGCAGGAGAAACUUCGACCAGCUGAUGGCCUCGUCCCGGAGAUCAGCCGUGUGUGUUAGUGUACGCACGGUGAAAUCUUGCUGAUGGGGUACGGAGAGGCGUACAGGAAGAGAAACGAAAAGAGGACAAAGGAGAAAUGAAAGAUGAUGAUCCUCGUGGCCCAGGGUUGGAUGGUCCUCGAACGUGUUUCGGGGAUGGAGGACACGUCCUCCAGUAUUUGGUUGAAGUGGCCCGAGGAGAGACGAAGGAAUGAUACCACCAGCCGGGGCUGCUUUAUUCGGUGUUCGUUGGGUUCGUUCUCCUGGUAUAGAACAUGGGCUCGUUGUUUCCGCGUCAGAACCGAGCUGAUCCGGACCAAGGCCAGAGCCUAGAUCUCAGACAAUUCCAAAGCAACAGCGGUGCGUGUGUGUGUAUAGACGAGAGGAACGAAUCAGGCUCGCCGAUGCAGAGGGUAUCUGGUUAACCGGUAAAACAACAGGGAAGGAUCAAAGGCCUACCGAACACGGAUAACAGGAUCGCGACCAAGAUUUUCACGGGACGGUUGUUGUACACCCAACACGAACUUUGCGCGCACCUCGGCGGGAUGAUCAGGCGGAAGACACCGCGCGAAUGGAGGCUUGUCGAAGUGUGUUUCGGCGACUAACGUGUCCUCCGGACUUUUUUUUUUUCAAUAAUAUCAUCGAGUGUGGGAUGUUUGUUUCUCUGCGACAAAAGACUUAGUAAAUUAUUUAUUGCCGAUAUUCGCGGGACCUGCGCUCUAUCGACGCGGCGAGAGCGAGAAGCAGGGGGUCGGAAGAGAGAGAGAGAGAGAGAGUGAGAGAAACGAAAGGAGUGCGAGGGGGUCCAUUGGGGGGUCCCGCGCGAUCAGGACGCCCUCUGGGUCCCGCGUUCGAGAGUAAAUGACGAAUGUGGUGUGUGUUGUAUGCGUGCGCGAUCGUGAAUGAUGGGACACUGGGAGAAGCUCCGACCGAACGAAAAAAGGGAAAGGAAACGAGAAUGAGAGGGAACCCGGGGAAAUUAUUGUAGGACAAAGAGAGGUGGCCACGGUCGGAAAAGCGUCAGGGGAUAUUAAGACGGGGGAUUUUGUUGCCGCGUGUAUGACUGACUACUGCUGUGUAUGUAUGUGUGAUGUACGCGAGAAAGGGAGAAUCAGAGGAAAAGUAGUGCCAAGAGAGCGUUAAGAAGGAAAAAAAGAAGCAAGUGGGAAAACUCUGUACAUAUUAGGUUAGGUAGUUCAAUAUCAAUAUAAUUAUUACGACUAAAAAUGAUAUGCUAUAUACUGAUUAAAAGUAAUACCUUACACCACGCAUAAACACGAGUUGACGGGCCCCCGGUGAACCGGUUGUCUCAGUGGACGCGUGGCGACCUCGCGGAAAAGGGAAUCGAUGCUCCUUCGUCUGGGAGAACCUUUCGCCUCGGCCCCCGUGUCCCGCCCACCCGCGAAAAAUUCAGCGACACGAGGAAUUUACGUAUCGUUAGAGAUUAAACUGGACUGAUUUAUCGUGUUCGCGGCGGGGUAACGUCGUUAUUUUCUUUUGAGUAGCACUGGUGAGGGAAUAGUUACGGAUAAUCGUUCUUAAAAAAAUUAACCAUGUUUGUAGAACUGCGAUGUGAGUUUAGAUUCAAACUUUGGAAGACUAUUUUGUGACCCAUCGUCUUUUUUGACCCGAUAAAUAGUGUAAAUUCAGUUGUCUGUACAAGAGAAUGGUGAACAUAACGCAGAGUCUGAUAAGGUUUGGAAUCACGAAUUAAAGAUUGAAAAAAAAAGUAACAUUUCAAUUUUUAUAAUACAAUAAUUAGACUGCGGAAGUUUAUGCGCAUUCACAAUUGAGGGGCUCUGUGGAAGAGGGGCACAACACUAUAAAUUUACACAACUACUUUUAGGAAAAUUAAGGUUAGAGCUCAUUGAUGGUACAGAAAGCUAAAAAUUUCCACUGAGCCCCUCAAUUUUCAACAGUAAUAUCUAAAAAUUAAAAUUUGACACAAUUUUUCAUUCCGCACUAGAGUCUUUUCUACAUGAAUACAAUGAAACUUUAUUAAAACCUUCUUUUGCUUUUCCAUGUACAUAAAUGCACAAACAUCCGCAGUCUAACAAUAAUACUUCUUGAAUGAGUAUACACUCGAAGAACAAUUACUUAAUCACUCGUUAACGGUUUAAAGGUCAGAAUUCUUCUAUACUGCUACCUUUCACUAUGCAUUAUUCGAACAAAAUUGUGCUCAACUGUGACUAAUCGUACGUCAACGAUUGUUUAGCUCUAUCAACAAUGAUGUAGACCACUUAAUUAUUAACAAUCCAUAAAAAUAGAAGAAAUUAUUACCUUCAGUUGCGUCACAGUUUCCCGUCACUUGUACAAA